AUGGUCAUGAGUCAUGUGCUGUAUGAGUCAAUGCUACAUGAAUCUGAUCAGCAUUUUGGUGAGCAUGCAAGUGGUGCUAGUUCACCUGGUGAUAAGGAAGUCGGUGGUGAAGAAGUUGCUAUCAAUCCUGUAGUGGGUGGGAACAUGCAUCACAUGCUAACAAGAAGCAAAUGUGGGGGUUUUAAGCCUAAAGUGUGUCUGGAAACUGAUGAUACUGCAUUAAAUGUAGUUUUGUCUCUUGUUGUGGUAAGUCGUGACUGGCAGUGUACGUAUAUGCUAAUAUACGUGGAUGAUAUUAUUAUUAUAGGAGUCUCUGACCGUGAGAUUGAGCGAGUUGUUAAGACGCUGGAUGCUGAGUUCUCAAUCGAAGACCUAGGAGAGCUAGGAUACUUUCUGGGUUUUGAAGUCAAAAGAAUGGAUAGCUACUUGUUUCUGUCACAACGAAAAUUUCUUCUCAAACCUCUAAUGAAGACUCGAAUGGAUGAUGCUAAUUUCGCCUCCACUCCAAUGAUCAUGUCGAAGCUAACACAUGAAGCUGGGGAGUUACUAGAUGAUGCCAAGGAGUAUCGAAGCAUUGCAGGAGUGUUGUUGUACGCCUGCCACACACAUCUUGACAUCACCUUUAGUGUCAACAAGCCUGAUUAUGUGCCCUGGGGAUGUCAAGGUGAAGGUAAUGACAUUUGCAGAUGUCGAUUGGGGGGCAGUUCAGAUGACAAGAGGUCGGUGACUAGUAGUUGUGUUUUCCUUGGAGAUAGUCUUGUGUCCUGGACUCCGAAAAAGCCAAAAUCAGUAUCACAAUACACCAUGGAAGCCGAGUACAGGAGUGUUACGGCUGUGGUAGCUGAGGUAGCAUGGAUUGACGACCUUCUUUCAGACAUGGAAAUUGAGCAACAGAGAAUCCCUACAAUCUGGUGUGGCAAUAGUGGAGCUGUAGCAAUGAGUAGGAACCCGAUGUAUCAUACUAAAGCCAAGCACGUGAAUCUCAAUGUACAUUUUGUAAGGGAGAAAGUGGCAACUAAGCAGCUGGUUGUCAACUACGUGCCUGCCGGUCAUCAAUUGGCAGGUUUGAGAGCUUUCGAUAUAAGGUACAGGUUCAGUCACGUGCAGAAGAGGAAAGAAGAGAGAAUAUUAAGGGACUUCAAUUAA